AUGCCAUCAUCGUUUGAAUAUACUCCCCAAUUCACAUACUCUCUCUCCUCUAUUACUGACCUCUUCAAUCAACAUCCAGAGUUCACAAAUCUUCUACCAUCAUCCACACACGAAAUUAUCUCUUCAUCCCCACUUCUUGUGAAACAACAACGACAGUCUAGUAAUGGCCUCUUAUCAUCAGCAAAAAAUCACGAUUCCAGCAACCACUCAAUUUUCCCUUGUAUUCAUGGCCUCAGUGAACUUUUAAAAGAGGAUUUGCACAAUCCCCACAGUAAUCUGCUUCAUGAUGACAUCAAUAAUCCACAAGAGAACCCAAAACAACAGCCUUUUGAAAACCUUACGCCUCGUGCCAUUCUUCCAUCGACGUCACCAUCCAACCAUGUGUCAGCAAGUCAUUCAAAUUCUUGUCAAACAAAAACACCCUCUCCAAGCGAUGGUUCACAAUCGAAAGAUGUCGUUCAACAUCACAAUUCCACCACCAUUGAUUGUGGAGUUGUAGUUGAGAAUGGUGACGAUCUUGUGAAAUCAUUACCUUCCUCCAUUCGGUCAUUGAUAUCGAACCAACAGAAUGUCAUGGCACCUCAACAACCAUCAGCUCUCGAUUUUGUAACAGCUUAUGCAAUGUUCUUGCAGAAUCAACAAAAACAACAAACCUCACCAUCCUCUUCCAAUCUGAAUGUUGAUUCUUCCAGAAAAAUACCUUUAGCAACCAAUGAGUACAGCACUCACCGUUUAAACACAGGAAUCCUUGAUGUAUUAAGUGGAAGCUCCAUGAACAAUCCAAAUGCUUUCAUUCUUAUGCAAAAACAUAACCAACAACAAACCUUUGAGAGAACUCAACCACCUCAACAAUACACAACUUUUCGCUCUUCAUCACCUUCUUCGAGUUCAAUACCAACACCAAACACCUCCAAUUCUAUUGAUCCAUCGAAUUUUGAACCUUCCUCCAACACACAGAAACGAAAGAGGAAUGCCGAUAAGGAUCAUUCUUCCAAAAAACAAAAGAAGAAUUCCUCUUCACUCAUUUCAUCCAAGAAGGAAGAAAAGCUCAAACAAGAACGGAGCUCCAUGAAUGCAAUAUCCUCAACUUAUAACAGUGCUUCAUUCCUACAUCAACAACAAUAUGCCAUUGCUUGUGGAAAUAUUUGGUUCGUCCCUAAUGAAUUUGACGUGUUUCGAUCUGGUAAAAAGCGACAAGGAAUUCAAUACAAAUUUGAAAACAUGAUUACACCUUCGAACUACAAAGGAGCAUCAAGCGAUAGAAGAGAAUAA